CAGUCUAAAGAUGCUUGGGGUGAAGAUGCCCUCGCCUACCCACAAGGCAUCAAGGACCCCGAGGUCAGCGUCCUCGCAGUCGUGGCAGAGCGAAGGGAAGCUGCACACGCGCGUGACCCGCCGCUCGACCUCGCUGGAGGACGUGAGCCGCGCCAUCCCGCAGGUCAAGAACCCGGCCUCGCUCAACGCCCUCACUGUCGACGAGGUCCAGCGUGCCACCCUCAGCCAGGCCGUCUACGAGGAGUGGUACUUCAAGAGGUGUCGCCAGAUCAGGUCGCAGAGGGUCAAGGCCAAAGACAAGCAGAGAGAAGAGGAGAGGAAGAAAGAGGAGAAAAACAAAGAAAAGGAGGAGAAAGUGACAGUUGCAGUGUGCGAAUGGGAAGAGAAGAAACUCGAGCAGAAGAAGAAGGAGCGAGAGAAGAAAAAAACGGAAGCUCAGAAGGCAGCGGAAAAGGAGAAGGAACAGCAAGAGAAGCAGUUGCGAAUAGCGGCCGCCCUCGAGGCUUGGGAGAAGGAGAAGAUAGCGCUGGCCAAGGAAAAGCGAGAGAAGAAGAGGGCGGAGAAGGAACGGAAGAUGGAAAAAGCGCGGGAACAGCUGACCAAGAGAGAGGAAGCGGAAGUGGUAUUCAAAUCCUGGAAGGAGCAGAAGAAAAUCGAAGAAACAGAAAAGCGAAGGAGAGCAAAACAAGAGGAGGCAGAACGGAAGAUGAAAGAAGAACAAGAUAAGUUGGAAAAACGGCAGGAUGCGGAAAUGUCUUUCGCUGCCUGGAAGAAAAUGAAAAUGGCAGAACAAGGAGAAAAUCUUAAGAAGGUUUACCAAGACUCCGAGGGCGCGAAGUCGAUGAUGUUGCGGCGCCAGCUGGAGCGCUCGUCGGAGGCGCUGGACGCGUACGAGCGCUGGCUGGAGGAGGUGGAGGACCGGCGGCCCGCGCGCAUCUACGAGAAUGCGCGCACUUCGGUCUUGGCUCGCGCGCGCUCUCCCUGGUGGCCCGGUGGCUCCAGGAACUCUCUCCUUGGUUGCUGAAUGCUCGAAUAAACAAAUGCAGAUACACAUAUAUACAAGCACAUAUAGAUAUACAGACACACACACACACACACACACACACAC